UCAAUUAGUUGCGGAUUUCGUAUUCAAAAUGAGUUUGGCUUUGCCUGUAGCUAUUCUGGUGGCGGUUAGCGCCGGUCAAAUGCUCCCUACUCUAACUAGUCUCAAUAUGGAACGUAAAAUAACUAAGUUAGCUUCAGAUGUGAUGAAAGACAAAAUAGUUGUGAAAAACUCGCGAUUGUAUAUGAAGUAUAUAGGGACAUUAGCCCUACGGGAGGCGGUAACUUACCAGCAGCAGUUAAUUUCCGAGAAGUAGCCGAACGAGUUCUGUUUAGCGUAGACAACGUUCACUGGCUAAAAAAUUUAUCUAUGGAUCUUGUGAAUCAUGGAACGGAGAGUGAAUGCUUUGCCCAAGUUAUACAAUUUCUCGGAGCGGAGGGCAGUCUUUCUUUUGUUUGAUGAGUGUUAAGUGAGUGAAAGAUAGCUUUCUUUAUGACGAGAGGGUGUGUACCUCGACUUAGCAAUCGAGCAACUUCGUUAACGUGGUUGUUAACAUAAUCGGUAGGUACGGCCGCUACCACAAAAACGGGUGUUUUGUCCAUCGGGGAUAAGACACAAAUAGAAGUCAACACAUAGGAUUCCUUUUUUUUUGACCCACUACGGUCGUGACAGGUUGACCAUUGUCGUCAACUAGGGAGACUUCAGUCAGCCCCCGCCAAUGAAAUGAAAGCAAUGAAAGCUGGUGACUUCUGUUCCAACCGAACUGGGAACAGGCAGGGCGCGCCCGUUGGACGCUAGAGCCAAUGUUCUACACGCAGAAGGACUGAUUGUAAGUUAAACAAAAAGAAAAGGAGAAUGACUUAUUUAUAUUUUCUCUUGAGAUCUAGUCUUUUUUUAGCGGUAUUUUCGUUAGGACGUUUUCUAGGACCAGAAGGAACUGCUAGAAUGACAACUGGCAAAAAUCUCAUUAUUUUUGGAGUACUUCAUUUUACUCUUAAUCCGACGAAACAGAAGGAUUAAGAGUAAAAUGAAGUACGGCUUCCUAAGGGUUGUUUUCUAUCUCUCUCUUCUAUUUCUUAUUUUCGUGUAUGGAAGUCUCGUUAGAUGCUAUUUGCUUUCUCAUUUAGGUAUUUAUUUAUCAGAUAUUUUACCUUGUUUCAUUUUCUGUGUUUCAGAUUCGAGCUUAUCUACCAGCAACGACGACACCUCUAGUUCCACGACUCACAUAGUUUCAGAUUCGCCGCAUUCGCUUAUUAUUCCCGAAAAUACCCAACCGGGGGGGGGGGGGACCUCUUGUCUCUUUUUGGGACGCAAGACCCAGACCGAGAAAUCAAAUUGUAUACCCGGGCCCGCUUACUCGAAAGCCGAUUAAUCGAACGGGUACCUCCUCAACUUAACUUCGGCGAAUACGAAAACUUGGUUAGAGACAACCUCAACCAAGCAAGAAACAUCCUGCACUAUACUAUCAAAGCGCUCUUUCUCAUGAGCUGUUCGACAUUACGAUACUUGAAUUAAAAGCGAAUUUUCAAGAUAAACCUUUCGAUCUCUUGAUGACUGAACCCAAUGAACGCCUCCUCCUCAUUUUUAGAGAAUCUCCUUUUCAGGAAAGGGCAAUACGGCCCGAGGCUUUAUAAUUUCUUGAGGGGAGACUCGACUUGUUAAAUCUCGGGAAUCCCCAUCCUCAUGCCUAUCCAGAGAAAGUGAUCUUACAAAACACGUUGGAGCAAUGGCUCAAUAAUCUUAGACAAUUUAACAAAAAUGCUAUUGUGUAUACCGAAUUUCUAUCACAUUUUCGUGGCGUGUAAAAUUAAAAGAUAAUGUUUCGGAGCUGCUGUUGGUAUUGGAAACGUUUUCAGUUCUUUGAUUCAUUCCGUGGCGCGAAAUCCAUCUUUGGCGAAACAAUUAUUUGGUUGUUAAUGGCAACAAAAUAAAAAGCAUCGAGAAAGGUCUACUUGCUUGCCAAAGAAGCUUCGGUUUUUAGGUGGGGGUCUUUGUUGAGAAUUCGUAAGUAACUGAGUGAGUGCUUCCAGGCCAAGUCCUAACUACAUACCUACAAAAGGGCCAUACGUAUUCAGAAUCUCAAUAAAGUAACUACUGUCUGUGCCAUGACUAAUGAGAUUUAAAUAUAUUUUGUGCAGUCCUAUAAUUUGUUCUUGCAAAGACUCGUCUAUAAUAAAGACAUUAUCGACUAUAUGUUUGAAAUCGAGUUCGUCAGGUAAUCUACGAUUACCAUUUGUAGCAGUAUAAUCUUUAAAAAUCAUUUCUAGUUUCGACUCGGUUUUUUGUUUGAGUUUGUCCAAUUCCAACUCCAAAAUAAGAAUUUCAGAGCCCUUCCCCACUUUAAACCCGGCAAAGAAAGCUAGCGAAAGAACUAUUCCGAUUCCGAUUCCGAUUCCGACUGAAAAACAGGGUUCGUCUAUGAAAUUCUUCAUAUUCAUAUUUUUAUUUCAUCUCUAUAGUUCCGCUUCCUCCUCUAUGAAGAAAGACUUGUGGAAAAGAGCUAGCCUGUUGGGCCAAGAAAGGCAUGUGAGUUGUUGGGCGUAAAAGUUAUUCUCUUACGAUAUUUCGAGUUGGAUGAAAAGAGCGAAUACAGAUACACACCUUCUACCCCUUAUAGAGUAUAAGACAGGCCUAUCUCUAUAGUGGAACCUAUCUAGGUUCUAGCAAAUAUAGAGUGUGAAUGCUGGCUACUAGAACUAGUGGUCGUAGGGCAACGGGGAGAUGAGUUAGCAACUUCACGUUUAAAAGAGAUCCAAGUCCAUAGAGUAGAGACUAAUAAGGUCUCAACAUAUUAUGGAUGCCCAAUCCCGGAAAGUAUCAGAGGUUGUUGAGUUAUCCAGCCUCUCACUGCAUAUAUGGGUAGUCUAGUAAACCAGGUCACAGCGGUGGUGGCCGAGCGGUCAGCUUCCUGUAAGAGUAUAUGGAUAUAUAUGAAUCUAAAAGAUGCUUUCUGUUGGAUGUGAGGCUUCGCCGACUGAGAACACCCCUAAGCUUACUUAUCUAAAAGGAUGCUAGUAUAGUAUACAUAUAUAUCCAUAUAUGCAAUAAUAGGCUGGGAUCGUUUCCAAAAACCAAUCUUAUUACUCUAUCUUAGAAAACGUUCAAUUAAUAUGAUCUGUUCGUAUGUAUCUACAUCACAUGUUACGCCUUCAGUCUCUGUUUUGCUAUAUCGUUAUACCACCAGUCGGAAUAUGAGAUCUACGAUAGCUUUUCUCAAGAAAAAUAUUCUGACAUCGGGUGUAGCUAGAUUACCCGAUAAGGUUGCACACCUCUCUCUGGGUAAUGAUCAACCAUCUGAGGAUUCAUCAUCCUCCAAUGUUGUCUCACGUCGUAUUCCUCGUAAUAUUACGAUUAAUCGAAAUAGAACUCAGAUAAUGCCUAAGAGUGUUCUGGGUUCCCAUAUGUCGUAUGUCUGUAAUUAUAUGAAGAAUAUUCGUUCUGAAGCGCACUUCAAAGUCAAUCCUCCUGUUAUGACUUUUCCUCAUGGUUUGAUAGACUGUCUAUUUGAAAGUCAAAGAACAACCUUUAUGGGUUUAGGAUAUCGUUUUAAUCCAGGCCAAUCAGAGUUUAUCAUGCAUGAUGCUCGAUUUCCAUCUAGUUUGAUGAAGAGGAGUUACACUCACUGGAUGAAUUCGCUUCAUUUAUCCAUGAGUAAGAAGAUGUCAUCGGUACGGGAGUUGUGUUCGUUUAGUCGCCAGGAUGGAAUGAGAAGUGUCUUAGAUGUGAAUUACUAUAAAAACUUAGUGGAGGUUAUAACCUUCUUUAAUGGUACCUUUGGACGUUUUUUAAUAUUAACCUGUUCGGGGUUUGGUUGCACAGUGUGGUAUACAUUUUUCCCAUGUAUUGAUGGUCAAGCUCCUAUGGAGCUCUUUACACCUAUCGUCUCAUAUGAUCCUCUCUUAAAUAUGGACUUUUUGGAUCCCUCCUACAAUUGUGUUGAGUUUACAGCUCAAAAGGAUAUGUCUGAGAGGAUCAAAUCAACAUUUGUGAAUGUUCCCCCGUUUUCUGAGAUGAAUAUCCCGGCUAGUGGUGUGGUUCUUCGGAAUGUAUGUUUAGGCUUAAUGAUUGCCUUCAUAAUUACUACAGGUGUAGUAGAUAUGAGUAAUGUAAUGAACAAUGUAUAGAAGGAAAAAAAUGGGCAUUGUACUUCAUUCACUUAGUGUGUCUAACGUCUUACGUUCUCAAAACCAUUAUCUAUCUAAUGGAUAUGGAUAUUGUAUUCUAAAGCGCUUUAACUCGUCUUUAUGUACACGCCAACAGCUAUUGGAAGAUAUUCUCUUUGUUCAUAACGAUUUAACGACAACUACAAGUUGGUCUAUGCCUCUUGAUCAAUUAGAAUCAAUUCUACAACAAAUAUGUUCGGAUGAGUACCAUCUAUCUCCACUAAGAUAUCUUCUCAUCCCGGAGUAUGCUUUUUCAAAGUAUUAUGCCGAAGUACUUAUAUCAUCUUAUCCUGAUAUCAUGUUUCGCAAAAGUCGACGUCAUCGUGGUUCUAUAGAGGUUCUUUUACCGCAUAAGGAUGAUGUAGUGGUCUACACUGGUUUAGCACGUUUCUUAUAUCGUUUCUCUUGUGGUAGCUUACCGCUAAAUGAUGAUUACCGAAUAUUGAAUCGAUCAAGUAUCGAGGCUUUUUAUAAAAGUCUUCUAGGUAUAAGGGUUCAAAGGUUGUACUCAAUUGAAUUAGAUGAAUCCUUGAAUUUCAUUCCUAAAACUCAUUUAUUAGAGACGCUGUCACCUAUCCUUCAUGAUAAGUCUGUCUAUAGACUCAUAUCUCAGUUGAUGGAACUCAAUAUUUUACAUCAGGAUAUGUAUCAUCCACCAUCUCCUUAUGGUAUACCAACUCUAGGUGAAAUAUGCAGAGUCUUAUUCAAUCUAUACUUGGCCGAAAGCUUUGAUCCUGGCUUUGCUCGAAAGUAUCCUAGUAUUGAGUUUGAGAGGUAUUAUGAUACCGUUUUUAUCUUUAUUAAAGACAAUGAACAAGAAAAGGCUUUCUUCGGUAUAGAAGAUCUGCUGGUAGAUCUUGAGCUAGUCAACGGGUAUAUAAAGUCUAUCGAUACUUUAGGAUGUAUGUACUCGAGAAUAGGUCCUGUAAAGAAAGUCUUUCGUAUUGCACCUGAUGGCACGAUAGAACGUGGAGAAGAUCGAUUUGAUUGUAUAUAAUAUAAGUAGGUGUCUAUAAUAGAAGAUCUUUCUGCCGCUUAUCUAUGGAUCAUCUUGAUUCUUCUCAAGAUGCUCGACCUCUUUGUCGCGCUUAAAGGGUUCUGAAAGAUGAGCAUUAUCUCUUUGUUCUUGCGUAUGAUCAUCAGUCUUAUCUGAACUUCUAUCCAGCUCCUGCGCACUUAUAUCAAUGGAAGAAGAGCUAUCGUAGUAGCUGUCAUUGCUCGAGCUUGUAGUGUAAUCGUUGGUUACUCUGUCUUCGCUUGUAGUGGUAUCGUUUACACUUGUAGUUAAGCUAGAAUCAUCAUUCUUGCCAUUGCUCUCUACAUCAUAGCUAUCAUAGUAGCUGCCAUUGCUCUCAUAAUCAUAGCUAUCAUUAGAGGGUAGGAAGUCUGCUAAAGAUUCGAGUCUUUCGUCUCCAUCCAUUUGUUGACUAUCCAUGUAUUUAGAGUAAGCGACCUUGACACAUGCUAUACGAUAUUUGUACAACAUCAAAAGUCGUUGGUCAGCAUUAUCUCCCUUCUCAGCUUCUCUUUUUAGCUCCAUAUGGGUUCUCUCUUUCCAUAGCCAUACGUGUUGUGCUUUUUCUUUAUCCUUGAAUUUGUCAAGAAGUAUCUUAACGUCUGGAUCAUAGGGAUAAGGAAUAUCCGCAGAAUAAUCCCCAGCAUACCAGUUGGAUAGUGUAAUAUCUUCUACUGUUGUCUUACCUUCCCUGAUGUCCUUCUGGGUCUUGAAGAUAGCAUAGGCCCGGUUUACACACCUGAUUUCAUCUUUCCAAUAAUUUCUUGUUCUAGGGUUGUAUACAUUGUCUGAAUUGAGUUUGCUCAGCAUUUCUUCUGCUCUUGCUUUGCGAUCCCAGAUCUCUUUCACUCUAUCUUUGUUCUCCAUUCUAAUAACAUAGUGUUCAAUCAAUUCAUUUUCUCCUAUGGUGUCACGUUGAGAAUAAUCAUCUACGUUUCGCGCUGUAGUGUAAUCAUUUGCAGUAGGCGCAUAGGUAGAAGUAGGCUCACAAGUGCUGCUAGUUGAAGAAGUUGUAUCUCUUUCUUUUUGUUCUUUUUCUCUUUUCAUCUCUUUUACAAGUGCAUCCCAUCCUGAAGAACUGUUAGUUGUGGUAGGCGAAGAAGUCCUAUUGUUAUUGUUGUCUGAAUCACUUGAAGAAUGGUUCUCAGGAGGGGUACAACUCUUAUUGUCACUCCCAGAAUUGUUAUCAUAUUCUUUCUCUAAGGACCAUCCCUUGCCGUUACCAGAGCUAUUAUCAUUGUUGUUAUUGCUAUCGUUGCCAGGGGAGCUAUUCUCUGGUUCACUAUCAUGGUCAUCCGUAUGUUGAGUGUCAACAGUGCUAUAAGAAGUGCUAUCAUAGUAGCUGCCAUUGCCAUCUGAACGAACAGUUCUUGCUUCUGUCUCUUUGUUGCCAUCCGUAGGCGUAGUUGAAGAAGACUUCUCAGAAGUGUUAGUAGUCUCAUCUUCUUUAUCCGGUAGGAUUUCAUCCUUAUUGUCACCGUCUUCAUCACUCCCAGAGCUAUUGCUAUUAUCAUUGCUUUCAUGUGAACUGCCGUAGCCAGAGCGUGAGUCUGAGCGUUCAUCAACGUUGUUGCCACCUGAGCGUUCGUUGCUGUUAUGGUUAUUGCUAUCAUUGCCAGAGCGUGAGUCUGAGCGUUCGUUUCUAUCACUGGCGUAGCCGUCUUCAUCACUAUCAUUGCCAGAGCGUGGGUUCUCAACAGUGCUAUAAGGUGCAUUAGUCGAAGUUCUAUCAUCAAUGGUUGUUGAAGAGCUGGUUGGCGAAGAAGUGCUAUCAUCAACGUUGCUGCUUUCUGUCUCUUUCUUGCCAUCCGUAGGCGUAGUUGAAGAAGUGUUAGUAGUCUCAUCUUCUUUAUCUUUCUCAUGUUGGAUUUUCUUGAUAAUGUAUCUCAAGUCCUGAUUUGAGCAGUCUUUUAAGUUUUCCACUUUAAAGGGUGUGGUCUCCAACCAAACAUUAUUUUCACUGUAUACCACUUUCCUUUUGGUACCGAUAUCCACAUUCAUCGCAAGAUGUGACGUUUUCUUAACAAUCCGAAGUUGAUUCCAAUCAACACCAAAGGGAGUCGAAUACGGUACACUUUUCUCGUUCUUUCUAUUAGCAUAUUGGUUUUCAUACCAAUCAAUGUCAACAAAAUGUUUUGCUGCACCCUUGUGUUUUAGUACAUCUUUACCAUCAAUUGUAGUAUAGCAAUAGGUUUUAGGUGCUAAAAAGAGCCCCCACGCUAUUUGAUCUUCUAGCUUCAAUUUCCCUAAGACUGAAGAAGAUACCAUAUCAUCUGAGAGUGGGUUACCAAGAACUAUAGAGUCUGUGUCUGUGUAGUAGCAGUCCUCUCUUGCUAUAUAUGGAUACAUAUGGAUCCUUGCACAUGCUGUAAUAGCCGCUGCUAGUUGGACUGCAGCAUUCUUAGGCGGGUCCCAACUAUCUGUUGAUAAAUCUUUCUUUAAAUUCGCUACGUAUGUAUCUUCGUACAGUUUGUCCCCAUUUAUGAAAGUAUCCUUUCUUACUAAUUGAUUGUAACAAUCUUGAUUGCAGAUCUCGGUAAUAGUCAUUUUUGGAUUGAUACCAAAUCUGCCGUAAAGUGAAUUCAUAAGGAUUUUGUAAACAUAAGACAUUCCUUCAUUCCCAUCUUUCUUAGCCUCUAACCUGCUAUUAUAUAGAUCGUUGACAAAGGUCUUGAAAGGGCUUUCCGUCUUCUUAAAGAGAUAGCCACGUAGAGGGUAGAUGGUGUAGCCCAAAUCGCGAGCAUAUUUCAACUCCUCGCUAUAGUAAACACCGACAAAGUAUCCUGUUGGAAAGAUGAGAGAUCCAUUAACCUUUUCCCUAUAGGGUAGAAAUGGUUUUUUGAUAGAAUCCGGGCAUUUCACAUAAGCCUCAAUAAAUCCAUAGAGGGUGUCUAAAUCUUUCUUCCUCAGAUCUCCAUUCCAGUAUGGUUUACCAGCAGGCAUUGGGUAUUCUUGCAUCACAUAGGGAUAGAGAGAGUUCACAUCAUAGUAGUACAAGUUCUCACCUCUUGGUUUAUAGACAUCAACAUGACCUCCGUAGUAGCCCUUCCUGAUGAAUUGAUCUUCAUUCACGUUUGGGAUGUGGAUUGGAAAAGACGAAGCAUCAUAGUAUUGAAUACGAAAGAUUCUCAUAGCUAGGGAUGAUAUGGUCAAGACUGUAUUUAUGUUCACAUUAUAGAUAUUCAAGAUGAUCUCUUGAGCUUUUUUCAGAACUCCUCCAAGUAGAAGCACAUCCUGCUUCAAAUACUCACGCAAUUCUUCUUCCCUAAGAGAGAUAUCUUCCACAGUUUUGAGUUGCUCAUGAUCGAAAUCAUAUUUAGCCCCAAGAUCCGGACACAGGCUCUGUGCCAGGGUAGCCAGUUUUCCAGGAAGUAGAUUUAACGAAUCUUUGAAGGAGAAUAACAGAACACCUUUCUUAUCAACCAUCUUUUCAUUCACCUCUUGUUGCAUCUUUUUGUAGACUUUGAUCUCGUAAAUUCGAUGGUUUCGAAUCAGAGGUUGAAUGCUGUAGUAUGGAUGAUGACAGAUUAAGUGCUUAAGCAAGAUUAUUCCAUCGAAUCGUGAUAAGUUAUGGAAGUAUAUAGACUUAGCUGUCUUAUACUGUGUAGUAGCUACUACAUCAAUCCGUUUAACCAUCUCAUAUAGGAUUUUCUCGCUCCUAUCUUUGAAGGAUGAAUAGAUUGCUUUGUAAAGCAAAUCCUCGCUAUAGAAAGUCAUAAUAUCCGCUUUAUCCACUUCCUUUUCAGGUAGAACCACCAGUAAACCUACUGCGUAUGGAGUCUGCACUUCCAUCCCCGUAUCAUCCUUAUGAAGAAUUGUCUCAAUAUCGGCCACCAUAAAUGGUGUAACACCCUUAGGAUUAGGAUUGGAAGAAAUGAUUUGCGAUAUAUUGCUAUUAUAAGUACGUUUCUUAUUCGAAAUAGGUUUAGCAACAGGGGGUUUGACAUCUCUUUUGUCGUUUAAAACCAACGAAAGAAGACCAAGACUCUUCUUGCUCUCGUUCUUGUUUCCAACAUGGUUGCCAUUCUCACUACCGUCCCAGUCUGAAUUGUAGCCAUCAUCAUCAUGAGAAAGAUCCUCUAAAAGGGUAUCAAGUAUCUUUAUGAUUUCAUCUUUUGAGAGAUGUUUUUCAAGAUUUUGACCAGUUAGAAAAAUACGCAGGGCGAUUUUGCUAAUGAUAGCACCUUUGUAAGUCUCAAAAACUUGGAUAACAGCCCUAUAGAUAUAGGAAAAGAUAUCCUUAUAAGGAAGGAACGCGCUACCAUCUAGUGGAGUCAAUGGUAUUGCAUCACAUAUAGUAUAUGUAAUAUCCUUACCAUCCUUAUCAAUUAGGGUCAAGGUAAUAAGGAAUUUGGAAUAUCCUUUUACCGAUGAGAAGACAUAACGAAUUAGAAGAUCGAAAAUAGCGAUGAUUAUUAAGACGAUUUCCAGAACGGUGAAGCCCGGGUCUAUAUCAUGGGCAGCUUGAAUCAAAAACGGAUGUGGAGAAGCAUAUGUUGUAUGACGAAUACGCGUAUAGAAUAGAUCAGAAUCGAAGUAACGGCUUGUGUAUGAACGGGUUGUAUGAACCCUUUUGUAUGCCCCCUUUUUUACUAACAUACUAAUACUGUAAACAAUAUCGAUCGGAAAGCUCUUUUUUGAAAGAUUCCCACUUUCGCUCAUGAGCCUCAUAUCUGGUGGCUAAUAGGGUUGCUACAGGUGCAUUUGUUGUAUCACUAUCGAUAGGACCGCAUACAGCAUUAACAUAGGUAUUAUAUGAAUUCACUAUAAUUGUUUUCUUUUUAUUCCAAAGAUUCUUUUUAUUCCUAAACUCAGUUGGAAUACAAUUAUUUAAGAGAGAUUCGAGUUCACGAGAAGGAAUAACUCUUUUGAAUUUCUCUGGAUCAUGGUAACCUGGUUUGGAACAAUUCAUAUAGAUGAACUCGUUGAUCGUUAAAAGAGGUGGACCCAAUUCCUUAUAGGCUGAGAUAUACAACAACGGCAAGCUAAAGCAACAGUCUGCUAUUGUUAUAAAGUUGUCGUGAACUGUGUAUAUAGGGAUAGGGAUAGAAGGAUCAGAGAGUAAGAACUUGACUACAUUCAUAGCGAGACAGGCAUCCUUUUGAUGAAUGAAGUUGACGAAGGUUGAUGACAGCGUUUUUCGACUAUCUCGUUCCUCCGAAGGUAUUGAGAGAGUUACCUUUUUCCUCGAAUGAGUGCUUUUUGAGUAGACCCAUAUAUGAGUCUCUGAUGAUUUUCGAUAAUCCUGUAUUGUUGUAAAUAAUGGGACUUUAUAGCAAACUGGGUUACCCCUUUCUGAUGAGAACCAUCCAAUAUUUUGGAUCAUAUUCAUCAAGCAAUUCAGUCUAGAAUAUUUCACCUUAAAGAAGUCAUAAAAGACUUGAGCCACAGCGUUCUGGCGCUUACCCAGAUCGAAAGAGAAACUCUCUUGCAGAAAGAUACCCGUGCUCAUUAAUGUUUUACCAUAUAUCAUAGGCAUAAAGAUUCCUUUCACUAUCUUACGCGUCAGAUUAUCACUUACAGUAAGAAUGAGUGAAUCAUUUUUAUAUUUAUCAUUAUCAUUUAUGUAGACUUGCACUUCUUUGAGAAGGUAUGAAUAAAUAUCUUGGAUAUUGGAAUCACCCGGUCGUUGUAUAAGAUUUGUAUUCUUAGCCAGAUCUUUAUCUAAUAAAAAGUAGCUCAUUAGCUGAUAAGCACUCGCGGAGGCGUCCUGGGUUAUAGGAUAAGAUGUUAUAGCUUGUAGAUCUUGAGUAGUUGAAUACUCUUUAAAUACAACAACACAUGACAGGAACUGUAAUGGUUUUUUCGCAUCACAAGCAAAUUUGAUUAAUAAAUCAUUAGGAGCUUCUUCAAAAGUACCUUUAGCUUCCUCAAACCAUUCCACAGCAUCAUCGUUAUUAUCGAAAGAUCUGUAAAGGUGGGAUGCUGCACAAUAAAAGGAUAUUGGAAUAGAAGAGGAGACUUGAGAGUCUUCUUUUGCAAAGAUGACCAGACUUCUGGCUAGAUCACGUUCGUGGAAAUGUAAAAUACCACUGCGAUAAAUUCGACCUCGGAAAUCCAGAAAAGCGGGUAAAUAAAAAUGGUAGCCCUCGUAGGCUAUUGCUAAUUUCAAUAUGUAUUGCUCAUAGCCGGCACGCUGAAUGAGUUUCAUCAAUUCUUUGAAUAAGGUGGCAAGGCGUACACUUUUGGAGAAAUGAUAUGAAUAAUACUUCUUCUUAAAUUUCUCAUAAAUAUCUUUGAUUUGUAAUUUAGAUAGAAAACUUGGUAGUAUUAAACCCUGCUCAACCAAUAGAGACUCAUUUUGACGAAUAUAUGACAAGAAAGAGCUAUUAACCUUAAAUGGUUGACUUUGCAGUUUAUUCAUGAUAUCACAUAAUUCAGUGGAAUUAUCAUCAUGGAAUUCUAAAUAAAAAUUAUCUAGGUUCUUUGAGCUUAACAAGCGGUAACGCUCAUCUACAUCCGCAGUUAAACUACUUAAAUAACCACCCCUUAGAUCGGAUAGAUACUUAGGCUUUUGAUUAUCCUGGAGAAUACUUUGCCAAUCUUCUGGUUUGCAGACCAUGGGCAAACUAAACCUUAUAGGUAAAUCGGAUGCGGGAAUUUUGCAGUGUACGUACUGAUGUUUAGCUAAAUAAAAAGAACCAUUUUUCUUACGGUUUGGUUCAUCUUCAAUAUUCCCAAUAAUCGAAAUUUCGAUCAAAUCCUUUCUUUCCAAGAAUGAAGCUAAUUCAUUACCAAAAUGAAAGGUGUUUUUCGGGGACCCAUUAGGUUUCGGAGCGAUAUCAACGCCGGCUUUAGCAGUCGAUAUGGAUUGUUCAUACCUAGAUUUGCGAUUCUUUAAUAGUUGGAUCUGAGAACGCACAGUAGUAUCUAGACGAUCUAUUAGAGUUGAUAGACGAAUGACUGAAUCAGAUUCCACUGAAUUAAACAACACACUUAACACAUGGAUUAGUAAAACUUCCAACGUAUGUUGACCAAAAACAUUGAGUGAGUCUUUCUCUUCAGCAGUGAGCUUAGAACUUUUCAAAAGAUAAGUCAUUGCAGAUGAAUCAUAUCCUUUCUUGACUGAUUGAAAACCCGCUUUCUUUCUCUUUCCAGAUGAAUCAUCAACAACAGAUUCCUCACCUCGCAGAAUCAUCAUUUUGACUGCGUUAGGGACUGUUUUAUACAUCGAUUUCUCAUCAAAUUCCAAAGUGGAGUCCUCAAUGAAUAAUUGAAGUUUUCGCAACUGCUCAUCGCUAAGAUGUGAUCCCCUACAUUGUUCCAGACGUUUGAAUACAAUCUGUUUGUAGAUCGAAUCAUUCUUUGUAGGAAAACAAUCUUGGUAGCUUGAAGUACUCUCACUUAGUUCAAAGACACUCUUGUAAAAAUCUGACCAGAAUCCAAUAACUUUUUCACGAUCAUCACUGCCGAUAGGUGGCAAGAACUCGUGAGUUCGAGUAAUCCAGGUUGUCUCCUGGGAAUCUUUCUUUUGAUUCAUAUUGUGACUAUUUGAGUUGGAGAUAUAAAACUAGGAUUUUAGGCAUAGCUAUAUGAGUCAGAUAUAGCUAUGUGGCCACCACCGCUGUGACCUGGUUUACUAGACUACCCAUAUAUGCAGUGAGAGGCUGGAUAACUCAACAACCUCUGAUACUUUCCGGGAUUGGGCAUCCAUAAUAUGUUGAGACCUUAUUAGUCUCUACUCUAUGGACUUGGAUCUCUUUUAAACGUGAAGUUGCUAACUCAUCUCCCCGUUGCCCUACGACCACUAGUUCUAGUAGCCAGCAUUCACACUCUAUAUUUGCUAGAACCUAGAUAGGUUCCACUAUAGAGAUAGGCCUGUCUUAUACUCUAUAAGGGGUAGAAGGUGUGUAUCUGUAUUCGCUCUUUUCAUCCAACUCGAAAUAUCGUAAGAGAAUAACUUUUACGCCCAACAACUCACAUGCCUUUCUUGGCCCAACAGGCUAGCUCUUUUCCACAAGUCUUUCUUCAUAGAGGAGGAAGCGGAACUAUAGAGAUGAAAUAAAAAUAUGAAUAUGAAGAAUUUCAUAGACGAACCCUGUUUUUCAGUCGGAAUCGGAAUCGGAAUCGGAAUAGUUCUUUCGCUAGCUUUCUUUGCCGGGUUUAAAGUGGGGAAGGGCUCUGAAAUUCUUAUUUUGGAGUUGGAAUUGGACAAACUCAAACAAAAAACCGAGUCGAAACUAGAAAUGAUUUUUAAAGAUUAUACUGCUACAAAUGGUAAUCGUAGAUUACCUGACGAACUCGAUUUCAAACAUAUAGUCGAUAAUGUCUUUAUUAUAGACGAGUCUUUGCAAGAACAAAUUAUAGGACUGCACAAAAUAUAUUUAAAUCUCAUUAGUCAUGGCACAGACAGUAGUUACUUUAUUGAGAUUCUGAAUACGUAUGGCCCUUUUGUAGGUAUGUAGUUAGGACUUGGCCUGGAAGCACUCACUCAGUUACUUACGAAUUCUCAACAAAGACCCCCACCUAAAAACCGAAGCUUCUUUGGCAAGCAAGUAGACCUUUCUCGAUGCUUUUUAUUUUGUUGCCAUUAACAACCAAAUAAUUGUUUCGCCAAAGAUGGAUUUCGCGCCACGGAAUGAAUCAAAGAACUGAAAACGUUUCCAAUACCAACAGCAGCUCCGAAACAUUAUCUUUUAAUUUUACACGCCACGAAAAUGUGAUAGAAAUUCGGUAUACACAAUAGCAUUUUUGUUAAAUUGUCUAAGAUUAUUGAGCCAUUGCUCCAACGUGUUUUGUAAGAUCACUUUCUCUGGAUAGGCAUGAGGAUGGGGAUUCCCGAGAUUUAACAAGUCGAGUCUCCCCUCAAGAAAUUAUAAAGCCUCGGGCCGUAUUGCCCUUUCCUGAAAAGGAGAUUCUCUAAAAAUGAGGAGGAGGCGUUCAUUGGGUUCAGUCAUCAAGAGAUCGAAAGGUUUAUCUUGAAAAUUCGCUUUUAAUUCAAGUAUCGUAAUGUCGAACAGCUCAUGAGAAAGAGCGCUUUGAUAGUAUAGUGCAGGAUGUUUCUUGCUUGGUUGAGGUUGUCUCUAACCAAGUUUUCGUAUUCGCCGAAGUUAAGUUGAGGAGGUACCCGUUCGAUUAAUCGGCUUUCGAGUAAGCGGGCCCGGGUAUACAAUUUGAUUUCUCGGUCUGGGUCUUGCGUCCCAAAAAGAGACAAGAGGUCCCCCCCCCCCCCGGUUGGGUAUUUUCGGGAAUAAUAAGCGAAUGCGGCGAAUCUGAAACUAUGUGAGUCGUGGAACUAGAGGUGUCGUCGUUGCUGGUAGAUAAGCUCGAAUCUGAAACACAGAAAAUGAAACAAGGUAAAAUAUCUGAUAAAUAAAUACCUAAAUGAGAAAGCAAAUAGCAUCUAACGAGACUUCCAUACACGAAAAUAAGAAAUAGAAGAGAGAGAUAGAAAACAACCCUUAGGAAGCCGUACUUCAUUUUACUCUUAAUCCUUCUGUUUCGUCGGAUUAAGAGUAAAAUGAAGUACUCCAAAAAUAAUGAGAUUUUUGCCAGUUGUCAUUCUAGCAGUUCCUUCUGGUCCUAGAAAACGUCCUAACGAAAAUACCGCUAAAAAAAGACUAGAUCUCAAGAGAAAAUAUAAAUAAGUCAUUCUCCUUUUCUUUUUGUUUAACUUACAAUCAGUCCUUCUGCGUGUAGAACAUUGGCUCUAGCGUCCAACGGGCGCGCCCUGCCUGUUCCCAGUUCGGUUGGAACAGAAGUCACCAGCUUUCAUUGCUUUCAUUUCAUUGGCGGGGGCUGACUGAAGUCUCCCUAGUUGACGACAAUGGUCAACCUGUCACGACCGUAGUGGGUCAAAAAAAAAGGAAUCCUAUGUGUUGACUUCUAUUUGUGUCUUAUCCCCGAUGGACAAAACACCCGUUUUUGUGGUAGCGGCCGUACCUA